AGAAAAGAAAAAAAGUUUCACACGAAAUGGAAGAAGAAGAUGAAAAAGGCGGCAAAAAUGUUACCGCAAUUCUCCAGAUUGACAUGCAUUGUUCUUGUGAAGGUUGCUCUGAAAGAGUUCUCAAAUGCGUUCACGAUUUGCAUGAUCUGAAUUCCUCGAUGAAGAUAGAGGAAAAUGGAGCGGUAUACAAGGUGACGAUGGCGGGGAAAUUCAAUCCGUCGAAACUCCGGGAGAAAAUGGAGAAGAAAUUGAAGAAGACAGUGAAAAUCAUUUCACCUGAGCUGGAUAAAGAGGAAAUUGAGAUCCAACAGAUGUAUAAAUGCAAAGAGCUUCCGCUGCCUACUACAGUGCUUAAACUUCCUCUGAACUGCGACGCAUGCAACGAGAAGAUUCACAAAAUUAUCACCCGAACCAGAGGAUGCAGGAAUAUGAAAAUGGAUUGGGAAAAGAAUUUGGUGACAGUAACUGGGACAAUUGAUGUGAAAUCCUUGGCCGAAUCAUUGAGAUAUCACCUGAGGAAAGGCGUUGAAAUUUUGACGGUGAAUGACGGCAGCGUAAGAGGCGGCAUUUACUCGCCGGACUUUGAAUGCGCCUACCGGCGAUCAACUAGAGGCAGAUCGAUAACUGAAGAUUAUUUCUAUCCCGCUACGGAGAUGUUCAGUGAUGAAAAUCCAAAUGCUUGCACUGUUCUGUGAACAAUUUUGGUAAGUGGCAUUCUUGCAAAUACUCAAAUGAUUAAUUACUUAGAUUAACAAAAUUAAUGCACUAAGAUACUAGAAGUAAUGAUGCAUUUCGUUAAUUUUGUUUUGUCCGACUAAAACUUUGCUUCUAAUUGAAUAUUAGAUGUUUGGUCUUAUUUUGCAUAUUGUAAUGGAGGAGAAUUAGAAACAUCAUUUA